GAGGGCUAUCCGAGGCCUGACCCCGCUCCCUCCUCCAGGCCUUCGGUCGUGGGCAUGGCCCACCUGUGACACCCCCCCCUCCCAGAUUGGGGUCCUGCCCCCCCCCCCUCCUUCGUUUGGCAGGAGCAGACAUGGAUGUGUGCCUUACAAACUACGGUCACUGCAACUACGUCUCGGGCAAACACGCCUGCAUUUUCUACGACGAGAACACCAAGCAUUACGAGCUGCUCAACUACAGCGAGCACGGCACCACGGUGGACAACGUCCUCUACUCGUGCGACUUCUCGGAGAAGGCGGCCUUCGUCCCGCCCAGCAGCAUGGUGGCCAAAGUGCAGAGCGUGAUCAAGCGCCACAAGAACCGGAAGCUGGCAGAGGAAGAGCCGGUGCCGCUGCUGCCGGCGCCGCCCAGCGAAGAGACGGCCGCCAUGCGCGCCCAGGCCCAGGGCCAGCCCCAGCCUCCCUGCGGCUGCAGAGCCAGCAGCUCUAGCCUGAUUGGGGGCAGCGGGGCCGGCUGGGAAGGCACGGCCCUCCUGCACCACGGCAGCUACAUCAAGCUGGGCUGCCUCCAGUUCGUCUUCAGCAUCACCGAGUUUGCAACCAAGCCGCCCAAAGUGGACGCCGCCGUCGCGGCCUUCGCCCCGGAGACGGACUUGGAGGAGAAGCUGUCGCCCAGGGGCCACCAGGCCGCCGCGCUCCAGUCCAACUCAGUGCCAUAGGAGCCGUGGGGCGGCCCGGAGGAGGAGUGGGGCGGAGCGGGGAGAAGCCCCUCCCCUCUUCCCCCCCCCCCCCCCCCGAUCAGAGACCCCGAUGUGUUUGACACAACCCCCGACCGCGUCUGUCCACAUUUCUUUCCCCCCCUUUUUUUUUUCCUCUCUCCCCCCCUUUUCCUACGUGGGGGCUGCAGACUUUGGAUGCCCUUUGCAUGAAAUGAAGAACUUUUAAAUUUUAUUUUAUUUUUUAAAUGGUUUUGCUCAAGUUUUAGGGGCAUUUGCACAUAUAUUUGUACUAUACAUUUCAUUUAAAAGACACACACACACACACACACACACAAAGACACACAAAAAGACAAAA